AUGUCUACCAAGGCAGCCAACUACCUCCAUCAGCUCGAUCGCGCCCGCUGCGAUGGCAAUUGGUCUGCGGUCCCCGAGCUCGUGCGCAAAGUCCGCAAGCAUGCACCUGAACGAGCUUGCCUCGCACUGACUGCGGAAACCGAAUGCUCCAUAGCAAACGCGACCCUCCCCUCAUCGCAGCCCAACCGACCCUCGACCGACGAACCGGCUUCCACCCAAGCGACCUCGGCACACGCCGACUACUCAAACAGACUACCAGCACUCCUCGAUUCCAUCGAAAAGGAGACACACUAUGUCGAGGAUAGGUUUCAGGCCCGCGUCUGUGUGGGGUGGCUUCACUGGACUGUGGCGGAAUACACGCAGGCCGCGAGCCAGCUGCCCAAGGGUCUAAACCAAGCAGACUCGCAGCUGGACGGGGCCGAAUCGCUCACGGAGUGGACGGCGGUGUGCGCACUCAAGUCGGCCUUCCUCAGAGCCGACUGCCUGAAUCGGGACUACUCUAGGCACGAGGCCCUUGAUGCUUUCAAGUCGGGCUUGCCGGCACUCGCUAAAGCCUGGUCAGGACAAGGGGCUGGGCAGCAGCUGAAGGAAUGGUCCGAGAUGUACUUGACCGAGUACUGCAUGCUAUCGAGCGAGGCUCUAAAUGAAGGUGACGUGUCUCUAGAGGAUCACAACGCGCUCGCAUGCUACAGAUCUUGGGCCAGAUACUGGGAGGUUCAUUCGGCGGCGGCGGGCUACGCGUCCAAGGGAUCCACGCCCCGUCGUCGUGUGUGGAAGGAAUACUACGUCGCCCUCUCUCGAAUCAUUGAGCAGGACCUACCUUUCCCUACCGGAUACCUCAGCAAGAUUACCAACGAAAUGUCGGCGCGCACGCAGUUGCGAGACGAACUCAAAACGACUGAGGCGGCAUACCAGAAUCUUCUCUUCUCGGAGAUGAGCUUCCCUCGCGCUGACGAAGAGCGAGCCGAAGUGGAAGAACUCGUCACGUUGGCAGUCAAAAAUUGGUCCAUCCUCUGCGGUAGGGGCUGGCGCGAGAGCGAUCUCGGACCAGGUGGCCGCAUCAGUGCAAGCCAUCGAGUGCUUGAUCUUCUCUACAAAGCCGCCACCAAGACGUUCCAGUCAACGUCCGUGUUGCGAAGCCUCUUCCUCGUCCACAUGGCCGUUGGGGAGUUCGACCUCGCAUUCAAGGCAUUCGACUCAUAUCUCGGCAUCGUGAAAAAGGUCAAGGCGAGGGUCGAAAAGACGGGCCAGUACGAGCCGAGCUUAGACACAGAUGGCGUUGUGCUCCAGACCAUGGCCCAAGCUGUCAUUACGCUCUGUCAGUACGGUGGUGCCCAGUCGGCAGAAAAGGCACGUCAUCUGGCAUCGGAGCUGGAGGAUCUCCUGGCCACGCUGCCUCAGCUCAAAUCUGCAGAGAACGGUGACGGCACGGCAUCCGGCGGCCCCCAGCAUGGAGACAAGGCCGGACUGCUUCAUCCACCUGUGGCGCCGCAUAUUGUCGCAUUGUCGUGGCAGGCCAUCGGCUUAUCUCACGCAAACUGGUCGAGAAUCACCAGGGAGGCUGCGUCGCGCACCGAAAUACAGGGCCGAGCCAUUCGCUGCUUGCGUAGAUCUUUAGCUGCAGAAUACGGCAGGUCAAAGGACAUUAGGAGCUACUUUAGCCUCGGCCUUCUCCUGGCGGAGAGACGAGAAAUUACAGCAGCCAUCGAGGUGGUGAAGACGGCCCUGGUGUCGAGCAAAGGCAAGGAAGGACAACAUCAUCUCCAUUACGGACAAUACUGGCAGGAAAGGUCGCUGAUUCCCAUGUGGCAUCUUCUCUCGCUGUUACUGAGCGCGAGGCAAGAUUUCGCAAUGGCUUCGAGAGCAUGUGAGGGGGCACUGGAGCAAUUCAAGGACCCCGCGGUGCUGUUUGGCAAAGAAACAUCUAGUUUCAGGAGCGAGCACCUAAACGACGUCGAAGGGAAGGUCCCGACCCACGAUUCACCCAAAGGGCUCGUGGAUGAAAUGGACGAUAUGGAAAAGGAGGCCAUAUUGGAGGUGAAGAUGACCCAGCUUUCUCUCGUAGAGCUGCUGGAGGGACCGGAUGUCGCAGUCAACGCCAGUUCGGAGCUGCUGGUGCUUUUCGCAAGACUCUUUGGCAGCUUUGCCACUCCAGCGCAAACUCUCAAGCCUCCCAAGCCCGCCGAACCACCGAAAACGUCAGGUACCCUUCGCAGUAUAAAGGGCAGCAUCUUUGGUGGGCGUGACCGCUCACGGCCACCUACCAGGCAGACGAGUGGUGCGACCACUCUUGCGAACCCGACGGCACCUCCUACGGUUAGCGAGGAGCCAUCGGAGUCUACAGCUUCAGACGCGAGGCCUCCGACCGCCAAGACCGUCAACAGCGCCAUGCCAUCGAUACAGGUGACUGGUGAUGGUGAGGGGAAGCCCACGCGCAGCGAGAGCACAACCCGAGCCCGCAGGAGUGACUCACGCACGCGAAACAGCUUGAGGAAGAAAGAAAGAAGCGUCAGCCGCCGCAGGAGGUCAAGUGCCACUGCGCCCUCGCAGCCCGAGCUUGUCGAUGGGGAGCCAUUCUUCACCCCAGCCGCCGGGGCCGAGAGAGACCAGUCUGAUUUCUUCACAAACGCCGGCAAGCGGCAGCCUUCCUCCAUGUCAUCAUUCUCCCGCGGCCCGACUCUGCCUACGCUGAAUUCGUACUUGUCAACAGUGUCGAAAACAUCUGACCGCGGCGAACUCGUUGCCGACGACACACAUCCGCCCACAGAUAUUCUACCACUGGUGCAGCUAUCGAAAGACAAGGCGAGGUUCCGCAGAACAAGCAUACUGAUCAGGGUUUGGCUGAUGAUUGCGGGUUUCUACCGCCGGGCCGAUCUGUACGACCAAUGCAAAGCAGCCGUGGCUGAGGCACAGAAACUCGUGCAGGGACUAGAAGCCGAUGCGCGACAGGAACCAUCAGCUUCUCCCGUCCAAGGUGAGGGCUGGGCUGAGAGGAAGAGCGUCGAGGACUUGAGAGGUGACGUAUAUUCCGAGCUCGGACACCUUGCCUUCGCAGAAGGCGACCCCUACCAAGCCCGCAGCGAGUUCGAGACGGCGUUGAUGCAUGCCCCAGACCACCCCUCCGCGAUCGUCGGGCUGUCCGACAUCCUCCUCGACGUCUACGCCGAAGUCCUACGACCCACGCCACCUACCCCAGCGCCAGCUGCGGCGGACUCGACGGCCAUGUGCUCCCACAAGGCUGCCGAGGACACGCCCAAGACACUACCUACCCACCCCCUCGGGCUCCGCUCCACCCCGAUACCACACACGCAACCGCAAGUGACGUCCCAGACCUCCGUCAGCGACGACCUGCCCGCGCCUUACAAGGCCACCUGCCUCCCGCUGUCUGAUCGUCUGGCCGCGCGGGACCGCGCCUACACCCUCCUCUCCGGCCUCACGCGACUCGGCACGGGGUGGAACUGCUCGGACGCCUGGUUCUCUCUCGCCAGGGCGUACGAGGAGAGCGGUCAGGAGGAAAAGGCCAAGGAGGUGCUCUGGUGGUGUGUCGAGCUCGAAGAAGGACGAGGCGUGCGCGAGUGGGACUGCCUCGGCGGGGGCGGCUAUGUUCUGUGA